AUGGUGAUGAUGGCGAUGCUGCGGUGCUGGCUGUCCCCGGCGCUGCCCUGGCCGCUGCUCCCGCCGCGCCGCGGGCUGGGCGCGCUGCUCCCCGGGGCGGGCGGCGCGGCGGCGGCCGCCCGCAGAGUCACCGAGAAUGCAAAGAAUACCUUGGCUUCUCUUAAGAGAGAAAACCCUCAGUUUGAGCCAACGCUUGCCAUUAUUCAGGCACAUAAUGACCAGUUGAUUCAAGAAGCAAACAAGAACUUUGCCAAAGAGAUUGGUCUUCCUGAAAGCAGCACCAAAGAUGAGAUUGUCAGUGAAAUCUUGAGACUUAAUGAGGAUCCUAACGUGCAGGGCCUUGCUCUUGACCUCCCAGAAAGCUUAUAUAGCAGUAAGGUAUUAAAUGCUGUGAAACCAGAGAAGGACGUGGAUGGAUUAUCCAGUGUAAACCUAGGACGCUUGCUACAUGGUGAUGACUGUCUAGUUCCUCCUACAGUGUGUGCUGUGAUGGAGCUUCUUGGAGAUACAGGUGGGAAGAAGGUGCUGCUGGUGGGAGUGCGUGGGGCAGAGGGUGCUGCCCUGCAGAGCGUGCUGCAGCGCCAGGGAGCUGCCGUCCUCAGCUGCCACUGCAAGGCCCCGCAGCUGCAGAGUGAGCUCGGUCACGCAGACACGGUGGUGUUUGGCAGUGCAAAACCCGAUGAUGUUCCUGUGAGCUGGAUAAAGCCUGGGGCCACUGUUAUCUAUGGUGCUCACGACCUUCUGUCAGAGAAACACAAUGCCCAGCAAAACAACACUGCUGCUGAAAAGACUGUUGGUUCUCUUGCAGUAGCAAUGAGAAUGCAGAACAUGGUAAAAAACAUGGAGCGAUGGAUCCACUCCCAGCGGCACAGGAAGUGGGACUUCCACAGCUUGAAACUGCAGCCCCUCUCCCCGGUGCCCAGUGAUAUUGAGAUUUCCCGAGCACAGAGUCCAAAAGCUGUUGAUGUACUUGCCAAGGAGAUAGGAUUGCUUACAGAUGAAAUUGAGAUCUAUGGCCGAACCAAAGCCAAAGUACGUUUGUCCCUGCUGGAAAGGUUAAAGGAUCAACCAGAUGGAAAAUAUGUUCUAGUUGCUGGAAUAACCCCCACACCCCUAGGAGAGGGGAAAAGUACAGUCACAGUUGGUCUCGUUCAGGCGCUUACUGCACACCUUAACAUUAAUUCCUUUGCUUGUCUGAGACAACCUUCUCAAGGACCUACUUUUGGAGUGAAAGGUGGAGCAGCUGGAGGUGGAUAUGCUCAAGUGAUCCCCAUGGAGGAGUUCAAUCUUCAUUUGACUGGAGAUAUUCAUGCUAUAACUGCUGCAAAUAAUUUGCUGGCUGCUGCUAUUGAUGCUAGGAUCUUGCAUGAGAAUACUCAAUCUGAUAAGUCUUUGUAUAAUAGGCUGGUUCCAGUAGUUAAUGGCGUGAGAGGAUUUUCUGCUAUUCAGCUUGCCCGUCUGAGAAGGCUGGGAAUAAACAAGACUGAUCCUGGGACUUUAACAGAAGAGGAGAUCAGCAAAUUUGUGCGCCUUGACAUUGACCCAUCAACCAUAACAUGGCAAAGAGUGGUGGAUACAAAUGACAGAUUCCUGCGCAAAAUAACAGUUGGGCAGGCAAAUACGGAGAAAGGAUUUGCCCGUCAGGCUCAGUUUGAUAUUGCUGUUGCAAGUGAGAUUAUGGCCAUCCUGGCACUUACCACCAGCCUUCAAGACAUGAAGGAAAGACUGGGGAGAGUGGUGGUGGCUAAUGACAAGAAAGGAGAACCAGUAACAGCAGAGGAUUUGGGAGUAAGUGGUGCUUUGGCAGUUUUGAUGAAAGAUGCAAUUAAGCCCACGCUAAUGCAGACAUUAGAGGGAACACCAGUAUUUGUUCACGCAGGACCUUUUGCUAACAUUGCACAUGGAAGUUCUUCUGUUUUGGCAGAUAAAAUUGCUCUUAAAUUAGUUGGAGAGAAAGGAUUUGUAGUAACUGAAGCUGGCUUUGGUGCUGACAUUGGGAUGGAGAAAUUCUUCAACAUCAAAUGCAGAGCGUCUGGCUUGGUUCCCAGUGUGGUUGUACUUGUUGCUACAGUGAGGGCUUUGAAGAUGCAUGGAGGUGGGCCAAAUGUAACUGCUGGUGCCCCCUUGAAGAAAGAAUACACAGAAGAGAACCUCCAGCUGGUAGCUGAUGGCUGCUGUAAUCUACAGAAACAGAUUCAAAUUACUCAGCUCUUUGGAGUUCCUGUUGUGGUCGCUCUAAAUGUCUUCAAAACUGACUCUCCAGCUGAGAUUGAUCUGGUGUGUAAGAUUGCAAAGGAGUCUGGAGCAUUUGAUGCUGUACCCUGCAAUCACUGGUCAGCUGGUGGUAGAGGAGCAAUAAAAUUAGCUCAAGCUGUGGAAAAGGCAGUCAAUCAGAAAAAUAGUUUCAAAUAUCUCUACAGUUUGGAGCUUCCUAUUGUUGAAAAAAUAAGGACCAUUGCUCAGAAGGUGUAUGGAGCUCAGGAUAUAGAGUUGUCUCCUGUUGCACAGUCCCAAGUUGAUCGUUACACCCAGCAGGGAUUUGGAAAUCUUCCCAUUUGUAUGGCAAAAACUCACCUAUCCCUCUCCCAUCAGCCUGAGAGGAAGGGUGUUCCCACUGGUUUCAUUUUGCCGAUUAGCGAUGUGCGAGCCAGCAUUGGAGCUGGAUUCAUCUACCCUCUCGUAGGAACGGUGAGUACCAUGCCAG